UUACACCUGAGCCAGGUAGGUAACUCACCUGUCUAGUGAGGUAGGAAAGUUCGCCAGUAUCUAGAAAUAGACCUCACCCAAACGUCAUACCAGUGGUAAGAGGAGGAAAAACUAGGUCUGAUCGGAUUAUUCGGUAAAACUUACACGACAAAAUGAGUCGGGAAAUAGCGUACUCGACCGAGGUGACCAAACUGCGGCACAAGAAAUACCAGUGGGCCUCCCGAGUGAUCACUGUCAUGUGGGCCAUUCUCACGAUCUGUUUCGCCAUCCUCAAUGCAGUCGCUUUCGUACAGCCCCAGUGGCUCGGGGAUACGACGGAAUCCCCGGGGGUAGGGUUCUUCGGACUGUACGAAUACUGCGAAACAUUACAGGUGGAUGGAGAUUAUGCUUGUAAAGGUGACUUUAUGAGUUUCACAACCAUCCUCAAUGAUUCCUUCCGUGCAGCCAGUAUGUUGGUAGGCAUUUCGGCUCUGCUCUUCAUCAUCAGUAUCAUCUGUAUCCUCCUCUUCUUCUUCCUCAAAGCAGACAAGGUCCUCAAGAUCUGCGGCUGGCUCCAGUUAAUUGCUUCUCUAUGCAUCACGGUCGGAUGUAUUGUAUAUCCAAGUGGCUGGGACGACUCAAUGGUCCGCAGGGUAUGUGGAAAGGAGGCUGGCAAAUAUAACUGGGGACGGUGUAAUAUGAGAUGGGCCUUCAUUCUGUCUAUCGUGCUGAUCUUCGAUGGUUUCGUUUUGUCCUUCCUUGCCUUUAUGUUAGCUAAGCGACAGGCUAACCUCUUGCCCAAGUAUAAAGAAGAGAAAUCUGCUGGAAUAGCUAAUGCAGCAUUCAGUUCCAGUAUGAAUGGUUCGUUUGUAAACCCUGUCAUGUACCCAGCAGAGGAGAAACAGCCUCGACAUCUUAGUACAUUCACUGGACCGUAUGGCCAAGAUGAAGUGGAUAAGGAUAAUGAUAAUGUUUUUGAAGUUUAUGACAAAGAUCAGGAUAUUCGUCUGUAAAUCUGGUGUGAUACAUUUUUCAGAUUUAUAUAAGUCUAUCCAUUGGCUAGCAUGCUGCUUUAAAAAAUAAGGUGAAAAGUCAUCAGCAAAUAUCAUUAUUAGUUUCUGGCAAAGGAAAUUAUAGUAUACAUUUGUGAUAUAAGAGCCCACAUUUAUGCACUUAGUAUAUUGCAUUUCCCUCAACAAAUAUAUAUGAGUUUAAAUUGUCAGUAUUUGGUUUUUAAUAAUAAUUCUAUUUUAAGCACAGUCUGCAGUAUAUUACCCGCCUGUCUUAAAGAGUUAUCCCCCUUCAAUUUUAAGUUGACAUUAAUCAUUCAUCAAAGUCAAUGGAAAGUUCUUGACACAAAAAUGUAUUAAUUUUUUUAUCACAAACAAAAUCCCCAGAUUGAAAUACUUUAGUAUGAAAAUUAAAUAAAAAUCACAGCUCUGUGUGUACACUACUAAAUCUAUUAAUGAUAAUGUAUAUCAAUAUUUAAGAAAAAAUUGAAAUGUAAGGUUUUAUUUCCACUCAAACAAAAAUCUGUGAUUAUUGUUUGUUGAUGAGGUCUAGGUUCUAUGUGCUACUGUAUUUAUUGUAAAAAUUGUCUCAGUUGUCUCCCUUUGAAGGUGUAGAUGAUGACGUAAGCCAGAAAUAUUAAAUAUCAUGCACGGUAAUAUGUUAAGAAAGGUGGGUGUUAAUUGGUAGAUAUUUUAGUAGUAUUGGGAUCUGUGAGGCAUUAAUGUAAAUUUUUGAUGAAGACAAGUAAUUAUUGAAAUAAGUUUCUGCUAUGCAUGGGAUCAUUAAUUAUACCUCCUACUUUGUUUCUUCACACCUGUCUUAAUCCCCUACACUCUGGCAACACUCGUCACCCUAGGGGGUGGAUGAUGACUAUAACACUUGAAACAUACUCUUUUGCUGUAACCAGUAAUGGCGAAUUCCUUAGAUAUCACUUGUCGAGCACAUGAACAAAUUUUUCCUUGGAAGAAUGAUGGUCUGACAUUCUAUCAAUCUGUUGUUAAGUAAUUUAAUUUGGAGGGACCAAUGUUAUGCAGAUUAAUGUCUUGUACAGAUUUGCAUAGUUUUGAUUUUAGUUAACACCCAUAAAAGGCCAUCAUCCUGAUUAAAGAAAUGCAUUGAAUUAUAUACUGUAUUUCUAACAAUAUUUCAGGCCUGAAUACAGAAAAAGGGUAAAACCUUUGUAAAAUUUGUUUUAAUUGAAAAGGUAUGAUUUGGUACUAGUAGUGCUGGAAUAAGAUAUUCUAAUGCAAACUUUUCAUUACAUGCUUUUGUCUGUGUAUAUGUCAUUGUAGUUAUAUGUAAUGGAAAUUCAUACAAUAUUUAUACAUGGACGAUUUCUUGUUUUGUAUGAUUUUUAUGCGAUACGAUUUUUGUUUCAUAUGUGUACAUAUAUGUAUAUACUAUGUAAGAUUGUGUGUUUCAUUUACAUAUGAUAUUUGGCCUAUAUAGCUGUAUGGUAAAUACAUUGCUGUUUAUCAUCUAUUGUUUUAUCAUUGUAGCUUGGUACUGUAAUUCACUGGUAAUUCCACCGAUUGAGUCCUCGUCCGAACGACUCUGUCUGUCACUUUAUCAUGUGGUAGCAGGGGAUAUCAUCUGGUACCUACACGAAUAUUAAAGUGGAUAGGUUGAUAGAAUCAUUCGGACAUAUUGAGUCCAAAUUCUUAUACCCAGUACCAUAGUUAGAUACCCAUGGUGAAUUGAACUACACCAUGCUACAUGUAGUGUAGUGCAGUCAACCCAGUCCCUGUACUAAGACUGAAGACUGGUAUCCCAUUAUGGCCAAGUCCCUGUGUUAAGACUGAAGACUGGGUAUCCCAUUAUGACACCCAGUCCCUGUGUUAAGACUGAAGACUGGGUAUCCCAUUAUGACACCCAGUCCCUGUGCUAAGAUUGAAGACUGGGUAUCCCACUAUGACACCCAGUCCCUGUGCUAAGAUUGAAGACUGGGUAUCCCAUUAUGACCCAGAACCUGUGCUAAGACUGGUGACUGGGUAUCCCAUUGUGACCUAGAACCUGAGCUUAGAUUGGAGACUGUGGCUUUGUAACGAGUUACAUACAGUUAUGUGUAUAUGAUAUAGGGAUUAUUGUAGAAAUUCAAGGACAGUACAAUGUAAAACAUUUAAAUUAACACAAUAAAAUAGUAAUUUUUCAAUUCAGUUACUGAACAAGCAUGUUUGAUGUUAUACAAACUUUGGAUUAUACAUUUUGAAAUAAUUUGCAUAUUAUACAUUUUUUGAUUAAUUACUAUAAUUGAUGUAUAGUAGAAAACGUUAAGAUCUGAAGAUCUAUAAAUAAAUUGUUAAAAAGAAAAAAAUGGAAAAAGGUGGCAGGAUCCACAAAGAAAGUGAUAUGAUAAAUAUUUCAGGAAAUUAAGAAUGAACAUCCACAUAUGUCUCCUAUAUGUUAUGUAUGCAAAUUGUUAUAUUUUUUAUAUAAAGUAUUUAA